CUUGCGCUGCAGCAACUGUCGCGCGAUUUCCAACGGAAUUUACCGUAGCUUUAUUCUUAUGUUGUGUCAUUGAUGAAAUUUAUUUAUUCUACAAAUAAUCUUUGUGAAGUGAUUCUAGAAAACAGUGAAAAUGGCUAAUUUCAAUAGAAAUAGUCGUGUCUCAGACCAAAUUAUGGAUUACUAUUUACGAUACGGUCAGAACCGAGAUUUGGAGAAAUUUCUUCGUUUGCGGUCUAGCACUACGCGUUCCUCUAGUGAUGGUAGUCUUCCGGCCUUGGAUGAGCUGGAUCGAAGAGAACAGAUUGCGGAGAAACUGGGCAGAUCAUUGGAAAAUUUAUCAGUGCUCGAAACACAAGAAAAGCGGAAAACACUAUCUCAUGAACGGCUUAACGAAGCCGGAGCUAGUAAAAAUUUAGAGGAAAAGGACACUUCGGAAACGGAGAAGUCCAAAUUGUCUCCCAAGCAACAGCAGCCAAAACCAUCCUCAGCGGAAAUUGUGGUAAAAGAAACAAAGAAUGAGAAAAAAUCUGGUCGAAAUUUUAAUUUCAAUUUAGAAUCGGUAAUAGAAAUAAAAUUACCUCCUGUGCCAGUUGUUCAGCAACCGAUUAUUAUAUCACCAACCCAAAUUGGUCAAGUGUCCUUGCCAGUUCCGGUUGUGCAUGAAAUUAGCUCGACUGGAACACAAACCGUUUCAGCCGCUCGAUCUACAACAGAGCAGCAAACCGAAGAACCUAUUCGCCCGAUCCUAAAGCCAAACACAGUAGCAGCUUUAAAUGCAGAAGAAGUAAUCGACACAACUCGGGACAUUUCUCCUGUGAGCAGUAUCGCAUCGAACAAACAGAAACUGGAGUGGGAUUCUCUGGGAGAUAUCGGAUAUGAUUCAAAUGAAAAAUUUUAUUUUUGUGGAGCCGCAGAUUUAAAUGAAACGGAAAAGCGGUGUUUGCAAAAAUAUUUUGCUAAAAAAGGUUUAAACUUAGAUGAGAAGGUCGUUGUGGUGAAAAAUGUUCAAAAACAGGAAUCGAAACAAAAAGAUGCAAGUAAAGAGAAAUUAAAAGCUGACGCCAAAUUGAAGUGGCAGGCAGUUUAUCAAAAGUACAAAGAUAAAUAUUCGAAUCAAUCUGAAAUUUCGAUGAAUCUUAUGAAUCCGGAAGCUCAGAGCACUCCAAAGGAAACAUCGCAACCGAAGGUUCCUCAAAAAUCCGGUAAAUCAACUCAAACCAGUCUAGUGAAAAUUUUCACCAAAUCAAUUCAGGCAGAGAAAAUCGACACAUCUGACAAACAAAUUGGUACAGAGUCGAUUCAAUCAGCCAGAUCUGUUGAAUUGAUCACAAACUCAACUAGUUCCGCAUUAGUGGCAAAUUCCGAGCAGGUCGAAGUGGCGGAAAGUUUCGAAUUCUAUUCAUCGCCACCGUCUCAAGUGAAUCCAUCUUCUGCUGAGUCCACUAUGAAAAGUUCACCGGAAAUAACUGUUUCUACUUCGUCGUCGUCAUCAUCGUCAUCAUCUACAGCUGCUUCCCGAAAACAGUUGUCCAAUAAAGAAAACAAACGAACUCCCUACAACUUCGAGGACGAACUACGGCUCGGCAUAACAUUGUAUAAUACGAUAUGUGAGUCGCGAAGUUUACCGGCUCGCGUGAAGCAAAGUUUGAUCGAUAAGAUCUUCAGCAAAAUGAUGAAGAAUGAUCCAAAGGGACGGAGUAAAGAGGAAUUGCUGUUGGAUUGUGGAAAAUUUAAACGGCCUUGUGAAACAGAAAAGAGUGACGCAGUUUUAAGUGGUGUAGAGGCGGUGGGGACCAGUGGAAGCUCAUCGAAGGUUGCUAGCAGCAACCGUGCCGAGGCAGCAGAGUCCAACGCCGAAAACACUUCCAACGAUGUCGAGGAAGUAAUUUCUCACGCGAGCAAAGAGGAAAUCGUUAAGAAUUUAGAAGAACUAAGUAGUAAAAGUAAUGAAGCGCCAAAUCCCGUUUCUAAAAAAAUCCCGAGAGACUACUCGGCAUCCUCAUCACAGGGAACUUUAUCGUCUCGUCAAGGAUCUAGCCAGACUGCCAAGCAAAUGCCUCGAACGAAUCUGGUAUCUGUCAACAAGUUGUCAUCUUCCGAGCGUCUUGCCAGUGACAAACGCAUUCGAAAAGCUAUGAAUGAAUAUCUCAAACCCAUGACUCAUUCCGAGGUGGAUUAUGAAAAUCAACAAGGCCUGAGGAAGAGUCUUAAACUUAUGGAAGCACACAGCAAAACUCCAAGUUCUACGACACACGAUGACAGAAUCUUUGAACUUUUCCAAAAGGAAAAACAAUCCCAAUUGUUAAAGUUAGACAAGAAGAUUGAACAUUUGCGAACAAUGAGACUGUUACUGCUAGAAGAUCAAAAGGCUGUGAAUGAAAUAGGUAAAGAGAACAGAACAAAACACCCAGUAGAACAAAAUGCGAAAAAAUCGGAUGAUUUUUCAGAAGAAAAAGAAAAUAUCUAUGCCAACACCAAUCAGAAAACUACGAGUGGUGGCAGUAUUCCUCUGUACACUUCGGUUCCCGCCGAUAGCACGAGUGAACGAUCUAGGGAUCAAACAGAAUACUCUUCAGCGACACGUUCGGAUUCGGCAUGGAACUCACACUAUCAUAUGAAGCAAAUUAUUCAAAACCGUUCAAAACUAGAAACUCCAACGUCCGACGAAAGCAUUGCUGCAUUCAUUAAAACACGAAAAGACAAGUUUAUUGAAAACUACGAACGUCACCGCAGACAAAUGUUUGAAGACCAGCAUCACGUCUAUACCAAACCGUACAGUGGCCGAGAGAGUAAACAAGAUCUCUGCGCUCGACAGGACGACAAAUAUAGUGUGCGGAAAAUGAUCAAACCGAUCGGGAAACGAAAUUUCCUCAGCAGCGACGUGUUCAUUUCUUCAGACUCGAUGUCAAUUCCAGCCGCAAAUACUCUCACAAACACCACCACACAUCAGUAUGACAUUAAAUCGACCGGAUCUAGCUCCGAUAACAUGGAUUCCGCUAAACCGGUUGCCACGCAGACCACCGGUUCGAUUCUCCGAACGAAACCGAUAUUUGAAACAAAGCCAGGACAAUCGACUGCUUCGGUACAAGUUCCUUCGGCUGCUGGUUGCCAGUGCGCUUGCAACUGCCCUUGUCGACAGAAGAAUUUUAUUCCACCACUUUCGAAUCGUACGGAAAUCGUAAAUGACCCACAAACCAAACAUGACAAACAGCAACAAACGAAACCGAAUUCAAUUGCUUAUGUAAUUACGUUUCAUGGGGACAAAAAUAAACGAAACUCAACACGGAGUGCGUCAGAAAAGGAUAGAGUUUAUCGCGACAAAUCAAGCGAGACUAGCGAGACGUCCGGUAGUUUGACUAGAAGUCUUCCAAGUGAAACCACCGAACCACGGAAUGGAGAACAACGAAAUGCUUUGACACUAAAAGAACAAUUCGAACGAAAUCGUCCGGGAACUCUAUCAAAGUUGAAAGAACGGCAGAAGUGUGUCAACGAGUUGAACAAGCUGCGUUUAGAACGAAACAAACAGAGGAAGAAAUUAUUACUGCUAACAUCGGAUGAUUCACUAAAAAGAUCCGGCGUUAAAAAACGAUUGCCGCCACCACCCCUAGCUCAGAGACGUAUUUUUUCAUCGAAAGCAAUACGUGAAAAUACUCGUCGUCAGGUGAAGAAGUUGCCGGAAGUUCUUCGCAAAAAGGAAAUCGAAAAGGAGAACAAUCUCAAGCGAAAGAAUCUCAUUUUGAGGGAUACAUUCAACCGGAAUCUUCAGCGCAAAGUUCUGCGUGGCCAAAUCGACCUUUCCAAUAGUGUUCGAGUUAUACAAGACUAACGGAUAAUGUUUUACUCCGAGCGAGAAGUGCCUUUCUUGUAAAAACGAUAUAUUUUAGUUUAAAUAACGUAAAAAAUGCUCUUAUAAUCAGCAUUACUACUUAAAUUGUAAUUUUAUUUAUUUGUUUUAUUUUUUUUAUUAUAAAACUGAGAACUGAGACGUUAUGUA